AAUGCUUAAUAAUAUAAACGAAAAGGUGAAAGAUUCUUUGAUUCUAUUUUAGUUAGAAUCAACAUAGCAAAGUGCUGAAAAUUAAUUUUUCCAAAUCUAACAAACGCAAAAGGGAAGAAAGAAAGAAAAGGAAUCACAAAUUCAAUUCCAUUUCCCUUUUCUUUCCUUUUCCUUCCCUUUGCAUUUCAAAUUUCAAUAUUAUUUUUUUUUUUUUUUUUGCGAUUAGAAAAAUCUGAUAUCAUCAUAAUCAAGCACCGAUUUUGUUUGAUUUUGAUCACAUGGGUCAAGCUUUUCGCAAGCUUUUCGAUUCCUUCUUCGGCAAUACCGAGAUGCGGGUUGUGAUGCUUGGUCUUGAUGCUGCUGGAAAAACAACUAUACUGUACAAACUCCACAUUGGAGAAGUUUUAUCUACUGUUCCUACAAUUGGUUUCAAUGUAGAGAAGGUUCAGUAUAAGAAUGUUAUUUUCACGGUUUGGGAUGUUGGAGGCCAAGAGAAACUGAGGGCACUCUGGAGGCACUAUUUUAACAACACAGAUGGUUUGAUAUAUGUUGUUGAUAGUCUGGACCGCGAGAGAAUUGGGAAAGCAAAGCAGGAAUUUCAGACAAUCAUAAAUGACCCGUUUAUGCUCAACAGUGUCAUCUUGGUACUUGCCAACAAACAAGACCUGAAAGGAGCUAUGACAACAAGGGAAGUGUGUGAAGGAUUAGGUCUCUUUGAUCUCAAGAAUAGAAAAUGGCACAUACAAGGCACUUGUGCACUUAGGGGCGAUGGCCUUUAUGAGGGGUUGGACUGGUUGUCCUCAACACUGAAGGAGAUGAAGGCUGCUGGAUACUCUUCAUUAGGACUCGGAACUUCAUCUUUCUAGUUUUUCAGGUAUUUUGGCCUUGAGAUUUGGCGAUUGGUGAAUGUGUAAACUAUGACCAGUUCUAAAAUGCCGUGAUUGGUAAUCAAAUUCUUUGGGUUUCAUCUGAAACUGAUGAAGAUCAUAGUGACUUUCUAUAAUUAUAGAAGUUUGUACAUGUCGGAUUAACUAAAUUCUGCUGCUGUAUUGAUACCCCACGUUAAGUGCACGAGUACCAGAUAGAAGGUCUUGGAUACCGGCCGGAUCAGAUGAUCAUUCUCCUUUGAUUUUCUCCAUCUUGCUCUUUGUGAAUGUUAUUUCUGUGUCUGAGACUGGUGCCUUGAUUCUUAAAAAAUAAUGAUUUUGACAAUUACAUUA